AUGAGUCGCAAUCAAGAUGAUUUGUACCAACAUGGUCUAAGCACCAAGUCCAUGGCAACUGUAAGCCAGGCGAAUCGCCUCAAGCUCUUCAAUGAAGAUGAGGCAUAUAGGGCCUGUCACCACGGCAAUGAGGUUCUGCAACGCAUAGCCAUCCAGGAAGGCGAUUUCCGCCAGCAAGACAAUGUGCCUCAACAAGGGGAUGUGAAGCAGCAGGGCGAAAGCUCCAACCCCCCCCCCCCCAUCAGCCAGCUGGGCAACUUCUACCCGCAGGGUGGUUUCGACCAUUGGCGAGUCUAUUCAACGCAAACCAUGCCCUUCAUGGACGUUGAAGAAUUCCAGGCCUAUACCCAAGGUAGCCACAGUGAUAUCAGGCAGCCAGCCAAUUUCGACCAGCAGAACGAGCUCUGCCAGCAAACUGUCGACACGAACUUCCAGACCGGUAUCAACGCCCUAUAA